AUGGUUGGUGUCGGCCGUGCUGUCCACCCGCGAAGGUCCACUGAUUUGGCAAUCUUUCAGGAGUGGCUAAGGAUAUGCCGCGAAACCCACACAAAUUGUCGCCAAAAUGAAGAUGUAAAGUUGCCGACGCGCGUCCUAGAUAUUGGUUCUAGCACCUUCGAUCAUAUCAAAUUAAGAGAAGUCUCGGGUUCGACAGGAUCCUACGUUGCCCUUAGUCAUUGCUGGGGUGGCAAAAUCGCGGUACAGACUACGCAAAACAACCUUCACGCCUACAAGAAAGAAAUCAAUUUUGGCUGUCUGCCUAAGGAUUUCCAGGACGCUGUGACAGUCACAAGGAGCCUUGGUCUAAAGUAUCUCUGGAUUGAUGCGUUGUGCAUCAUUCAGGAUAGUACAGAGGAUUGGGUGAAAGAGUCGGGAAAUAUGGCGGCUGUUUACCAAAACGCUUAUAUAGUUCUGGGGGCAGACAUGUCGGAUAACGCACACGGCGGAUUUUUAGAAAACGAAGAAGGCGGUUAUCCUAGAGAGGAUGUACCAGUAGCUAUUGUUGAUAGCGAAAAUACAACCGUAUACGCUCGAUGGCAAAAUAAAUUGCACCGGAAUCCGUGUGCGGUGUUCAUGAAUGGCCUGAGGCUUGCGGAUACUGGUGAACCUCUUAUGCAAAGAGCGUGGACAUUGCAGGAGCAACUGCUAGCCUCUCGAAUGGUGCACUUGGCAAGGAAGGAGAUGAUAUGGGAAUGCGACUCAGCGUUAUCCUGUGAAUGUAUGGAGCUGGACAGAGGCAUCUCAGCCGAAAACGAGAGGAUUCGCUAUCACAAAGCAUUAAAUUCCCAUUCCGCCGACAAGUUCAAGAUUUGGUACGAAGUUGUGAAUGACGCAGCGGCUCGGGGCCUCACUGAACCCAGCGACAUACUCCCAGCUCUCUCUGGACUGGCUCAUCAUUUUCAAGAACACGGCGCUGGGCCCUACCUAGCUGGUCUAUGGCGAAAUGACUUGCCGCGAGGACUUCUGUGGCGCACGUGUGACGCACGGAAUAGUUCUCGCGCAAGUCCGUAUCGAGCACCCUCAUGGUCCUGGGUAUCAAUACAAGGCGAGAGCGCUAUGUAUGAGGGAAGUGUGUUUGACUACCACUCAGAGCUAAAGCAUGUAUAUGCCAACGUUCUGGAAGCAGAAUGCCAUACAGAGGCAGAGGAUCCUUGUGGCGCUGUUUACAGCGGUAGGAUGAAGGUUUCUGCGCCUGUUUCAGAAAUGACAGCCACGACUUCUAUCCAAACUCAAGAAUCCCACCCCAGUACAAAGAUGGCAGGCCAGAAACGCACCUCACGCAGGUCUCCUUCCUCUCUCGCGGACGCAUAUCGCGACAUCCCCGGCCUUCUAGCCCGUGAAGCCACCGACCCUCUCCGUCAGCAAGCCCUUUCGCACAUCACAAACCCGAGAGAAACACCACUUCCCACUAACUGGGUCUCGGAGCGUAUCAAGGUCAGAGACGCGAGGAAGAAUCAGCGCAAAGAAGCCCUCCAGAAAGCCGAGCGCAUCAUCAAGGCCCGGCUGGUGGGAUCUUUCGUGACGGCCGAGGAGGUUCACUGGGCCAACCAGAUCUGCAAGGAAGAGGAGGCAGCUGAAAACGCUAAGCACAAGGCGAAGGCAGAACUGAUUGUGAUGGGUACUGCAAAUUAG